UAGGUACUGUGCAAAUAAAGCCGAUAAGAGCUGAGGCCAAAAAAUAUUCAAUCAAUCACAGUGUACCACGAAAGAUACACAAAAUAUGAGAGAGAGAAAGAGAGAGAGAUAGAGAGUUAACGUGGCUAUCAGUAGAGAUUCAGCCUUUCAGGUGGAGUUGAUAAGCUGAGAUGCAGGUGUGGAACCAGUAGGGUGCGCGAUAGUGACGCUAUGCUGUUGAUAUGCUGGAGACUUUUGUGGCGACUAGAGUUCGUGGUAAUAUACACGCAUACGUGUGGGCCAUAACCGUUCAAAUUGGCUAAAAGGCGACGCUAAUUUGUGAAAUGAAAUCACUUUCGGAGCGCUACAAAAAAAAAAUGUAUAAACAAGUAAAAGCAAUGUCAGCAUUUGAGAGUGGUGUGUGAACACAAAGAAACCGUAGCAAAAGGAGCCAAAGAAUGGAGCGAAAAAAUAAUAAAAGCAACCGCAAAUGUUUUAUUAAUAAAUGCCGUUGAGGUAAAAGUAAAAACAAUUGACAAUGAGACGUUGUCAUUGCUGUCGCUGUCGCUGUUGUUGUUGUUGUUGUUGCCGAACAGCAGUUAACAGCCAAGCAGCCAGUCAACCCACUUCAACGCUUUUGUCAUUCGAUUUGAUAAACGCGUGCAAUGCAGACACGACCAACGGCGGUAGUUAGCGCAAAAGCAUUAUAGGAAAUAUAGCACAAAAAAGCAAAAUUUAUAAUAGAAACAAAAACAAACAAAAAAUAUUAAACAAGAAGAAGCACUUAUUUCACGGCAACGAACAAGUUAUAAUUGAUUUUUUAGAUACCCCGACGCGGCAGAAAAAGUGGGAAAAAGUGAUAAGCAGCAACACGGCAGUGCAUAUCAGUCUAUUUAUGAACUGAUAUACUCUUCAUAAAUGUGAUCAAAAAAAUAAUUGAAAAAAAAUUUAAUACAUUCGCAAAAAAGUUUUCGAAAUAUAUACAAACAGCAGUGUUCAAAAAUGCGCUAAACAUAAAUAACAUCAAAAAAAUUUGAAAUAAGCAAAAUACCAAAAUAAAAAAAAUAUAUACAUAUAUUAAAUUUAUCACGAAAAUUAUGGCUAAAUUAAACAGCUUAGAGGCGGUUGGCGUGGGCAGAACAGCACAGGUAGGCUAAAAUUCAAGUAAACGCUAAUCUACGCACAAAUAAAAAAAAAACAAUAUCGAACGCCACUAAUUUUAAUUAUUCUCUUCGAUUUACCCCACUGCGACUCAUAAACGCACACUCACACACACACACACACACACAUCCACACACAUGCGAUACAGUUGAUGGACUCUUUGCCAUGCUGGCAUCUUUUGGUGUACUGAUUUGCAUGGUCUCAACAUUGAUGGGCAUCAAGAUUUGGUGGUUCAAACACCGGCUAACAUUCAAUCACAGUUCGACAAAUAAUGGUGCGGCAGGUGGUGCACCGCCUACAGUGCCAUUGCGUACGCGUAGCAGUCGAGAGAAGCGCAUGUCGCAACAGAUAAGCGAACCCGUUGAGGUACAUGGCGUUUUUCGUCGACGAGAAGAAGAUGACUUAAACAUUGUACCAACAAAACAAUUGCCGCCCGUUCGCAUACGGAAGCUGUCUCAAAGUACACCCUCACUCUUCCCGCUGCCGCCGCCACGCCGACAAGAUAAAGUGCGCAGCGUCAUCUAUGAAAAAUAUGAGCCGCCCGCACGUGAACCACCACGCCCGCCAGUGGACUCACUACAAUCCCUGGGGGACUCUCCCCAACCACGCACACCAACUAUUAGUCUGGUUGAGGAGAUGCCUACCUUCGAUGAACUCGAACAGAAAUAUCGGCAAAUGGAGUUGAAGGAGGAAAAGGCGAACGAGUUGAGCGCCGAGUCAACCGAGAGUAUUCUCCGCAUGCGUGAGUCGUCACCACAGCCGCCGAAACGACUAAAUCGCAACUCAUAUAGCGAAGAGAAACUAGUGGGCAUGCACAAGUUCAUGAAAGCCAAAUUGCCUUCUACAGAGGCGGCGCCGUACCAGCCAAAAAUUAACGAACGCCGUGCGACGGGCUUUCUACGGCCUGAUGAGGAACAUAUAGAAGCCAUGGCAUUGGCAGGCACUGACAGCUCGUCGCUACGCGAAUUAGAAGCAACGCACUCCACAAGCGUGGAGGAGUUCGGUGAACGUCGCCCAACAGGCUACAUUAAGUACGAGGAAAUCGAUGUGGAUGGCUUGGCAGACUUUCGCGAAAAAUGGGAACAGCCGAAAGCAAGCUUGAAUACAGUAAGUCCAACACCGUACCAGCAUGGUGAGCGCGUAGACUAUGACGCCUUCAACGGACACAACUAUGAUCAUAUGAAUAGAGCGAGCGCACGCGAGUUGCGUAUGAUUGCUGGUGAUGUGCCGGCCUCUUACGCAAAUGAUAGUCACAAGCUGGAAAGCAGAGAGCGCUUAGGCUGGCAGGCAGAUGAACGAGCGGCGGGCAAACAUGGCACACCAGUGUCGCUAGAGAGCAUCGACUUCACCAGCGACGAAGAGUAUGCUGAUGAGCUGGGUGGCGUAAAGCGAAAUAGGAUUUUAAAAUCUGCUUCAGUGCCUAACUGCAGUGUUAGUGACUACGAAGCUGAAAAUAAUGUUAAAUCACAGAGGUUGGAUGAUAGCUCGUCGCCCAAAUAUGUAGACACAUUUACGAGCCCACUGCACGAGGAAGAAGUAGCGAGCUGCGAUGCAGUUAAAGAGGAAGUUGCACUCAACAUUCAACAACCGACCGCCCCUGCGCACGUAACUCGGUCCGAACAGCUGUGGGACGAGUUGGAGGCUAAUAUAAAACAAGACGAGCGUGAAAAGUGUGUAUGGCUCGAAAUUGAAAAAGAGCUAGAUUUUAAUCGUGAUUUCGUGAGCAACAUUGAAGAGGAAUUUGACAAGAUACGGCACUCGUACGAGGAAAAUGAGGCCGCCUUCCUUGAGAACACUGGUGGUUUGAAACGUGUGCACGAGCAGGUGGUAAUAGCGUCACCCGAACCAGAGGGCUUUGGCAAAAGCAUCGAUGAAGACUGGGAGAGCUUUGAAAACUUGGCUGUACAAAAGCCUAAAACGACAGUAAUCGCAGACAAACACGUUGUGCAAUAUAAUUUCGCUGACUUGGAGGAUGCAUACGACAGUGACGGAGAGUCAGUGCUGCGCACAGAACGUCGGCCUGCUGGCUUUAAGCGCCAUAGCGCGCAACUUAAACGCGAGCUCUCCAAUAUAGAAGAUGAAGAUGAACCCACAUCGCCGCACUACAACUACAAUAUGAGUAGCGUUGAAUUUGUGGAACAAGACCAUGUAAUGAUUGUGACACCAUCGCAAGAGGAUCGUCCUAUUGGCUAUGCGCAUAAAGAAAUAUCCGCUUUAGACGAUGAUUACGUGCGUGAACACAGCAAAGAUAGCAUUUUCGAGCCUGUUGCAGAACCGCUUACAGUGAUAACAAAGGCACGCGCGCGACCUAGACCGCGUCAGAAGGUUACAUUUGAUUUCAGUAGUACAGAAUAUUACCAAGCGUCCAACGAUGAGGACGAUGAAGAUGAGGAUGAGAACCAGAAUGAGCCGCAGGCAGUAACACGCCUCUUAUCAACGACAAAAUCCGCGUCAUAUGAUAGCGACUCAGUGGAGGAAGAUGCUGCGCAACAGGCUGUGCCCAAACCAAUGCAACGCACCACCAAAACCUAUUACGUAGCCGAGAAGCAAAAGCAGGACGGCGGCAGUGCAGAAAAUCAAACACACCUUACGCUAUCACCCACAAGCUUACCUGCGCCAGCGUCGCUGCUUUUCGACACACCAAUUUCGCUGAAAACUGCGGAAACGGAAUUGAGCGAGAGUUGGACCGCGAUAAGCCAACUACAGAGGACACCGACAGCGUCGGGUACAACGAGAGCCACGUUGCCAGCUCUUUUAAAUGUUAACGAGCAACCCAAACCGUCCUAUCGUAGUACGCUCGCCCAAACGUCUUCGGUUACGAGCGUUGUUUUCAUGGAGGAGAGCAUCAUAACACAACAUCAACAGCAACCAAUGAGUAGUUUUAAGCCACAAGUUGCUAUGCGACAACAUUACUUUGAGCAGAGUUAUCAUAAUUCAACAGAGGCUUAAGAGAGAGUGAGAACAGAGAUUAAGAGGGAAAUUGUGGGAAGCAAUAGAGAGGAAUCGAAACCCAACUGCAGGCUUACCUAAGUCGGAAAAGUAUUAAUGAGAGUAGAACCAAAGUUAGGUGUUAUAUAAAAUGUGCCAAAAAUAAAUACUUAUGCAUAUCUAAAUAAAAGAAAUUUUAAAUUAAAGAACACCAGAGUGUGAAUAGUUUAUCUCGGCAUUCGUCAUUUAAAUCUUU